ACUCUCAUUGUGGUGCAGCCUGGUGGAUAAUAAUUCAACAUAUUGACGGUCUUUUGUGAAUACACGUGAAGCUGCAGUAACUUGGUAACUUAAUUCUAUCAUCGUGUUUUAUUAAUUUAUUGAAAAAUGCCAUCCGAUGCAAAAAAACGUGAACAACAGCGCAAAAAAGCUGCAGCUAAUACACGUAAUAAGAAACAAAUACCUUCAAAAAAGGAAGAUAAAGAUUCAAGCACUUCAAACGGACAAAACGGUGUACUUAGUGCUGAAGAGGCAUUAUGUAAAAAAUUAGAAGCUGAUGCAAAGUUGAAUGCAGAAGCAAGAUCAUGUACAGGCUCGUUAGCUGUACAUCCAAAAUCGCGUGAUAUCAAAAUUGACAAUUUCUCAAUAACAUUCCAUGGCUGUGAAAUGUUGCAAGAUGCAAUGCUUGAGUUGAAUUGUGGUCGAAGAUAUGGUUUACUUGGAUUAAAUGGCAGUGGAAAAUCAACUUUAUUAUCAGUAUUGGGAAAUCGUGAAGUUCCCAUUCCGGAACAUAUCGAUAUUUUCCAUCUUACAAGAGAAAUGCCAGCAUCUGAUAAAAGUGCUUUGCAAUGUGUUAUGGAAGUAGAUGAAGAACGUGUUCGUUUAGAAAAAAUGGCCGAAGAAUUAGUUGGCUCUGAUGAAGAUGAUGCUCAAGAUCAAUUAAUGGAUAUAUAUGAACGAUUAGAAGAUAUGUCUGCAGAUACAGCUGAAGCUCGUGCUGCUGAAAUUUUGCAUGGUCUUGGUUUCGAUAAAGAGAUGCAGGCUAAAAAAACAAAAGAUUUUAGUGGAGGUUGGCGUAUGCGAAUUGCAUUAGCUCGUGCAUUAUAUGUUAAACCACAUUUAUUAUUACUUGAUGAACCUACCAAUCACUUAGAUCUUGACGCUUGUGUAUGGUUAGAAGAGGAACUGAAAACAUAUAAACGAAUUUUAGUUGUGAUAUCACAUUCACAAGAUUUCUUGAAUGGUAUUUGUACGAAUAUAAUUCAUAUAAAUAAGAAACGAUUAAAAUACUACACAGGUAAUUAUGAAGCAUUUGUUCGGACACGUAUGGAAUUAUUAGAAAAUCAAAUGAAACAAUAUAAUUGGGAACAAGAUCAAAUUAACCAUAUGAAGAAUUACAUUGCGAGAUUCGGUCAUGGAUCAGCAAAAUUGGCUCGCCAAGCUCAAUCAAAAGAAAAAACAUUAGCUAAAAUGGUUGCACAAGGUUUAACUGAAAAAGUGACUGAUGAUAAAAUAUUAACAUUUUAUUUUCCUAGUUGCGGCAAAGUUCCACCACCUGUUAUUAUGGUUCAAAAUGUUAGCUUUCGAUAUACUGAUGAUGGUCCAUGGAUUUACAAAAAUUUGGAAUUUGGUAUUGAUUUAGACACACGACUAGCUUUAGUGGGACCAAAUGGUGCUGGUAAAAGUACGUUAUUAAAAUUAUUGUAUGGUGAUUUAGUACCCAGUGAAGGAAUGAUUAGAAAAAAUUCACAUUUACGUAUUGCACGUUAUCAUCAACAUUUACAUGAAUUACUGGAUUUAGAUGUAUCACCAUUAGAUUAUAUGUUGAAAGCAUUUCCCGAAGUGAAAGAACGUGAAGAAAUGCGUAAAAUUAUUGGUCGAUAUGGUCUAACUGGCAGGCAACAGGUAUGCCCAAUUCGACAAUUAUCUGAUGGUCAAAGGUGUCGAGUUGUGUUUGCGUGGUUAGCUUGGCAAACGCCUCAUUUAUUAUUACUUGAUGAACCUACAAAUCAUUUGGAUAUGGAAACUAUUGACGCAUUAGCUGAAGCUAUUAAUGAUUUUGAUGGCGGAAUGGUACUCGUAAGUCACGACUUCAGACUUAUCAGUCAAGUUGCUGAAGAAAUUUGGGUAUGUGAAAAUGGAACUUGCACUAAAUGGAAGGGAGAUAUCUUGAAGUAUAAGGAACAUUUAAAAACAAAAAUAUUGAAGGAUGCUAAAAAUCGAAAACAAUAAUUGAUUUAUAGCGUGUUUCAAUUUAAAUAGGCAUUCAAAUUAUUAUAAAUAUCUCUUUGCCACUGUUACAUUUCCCAAAAUUAACCACUUCACAGCAGCCACCUUUCAUUAAUUAAUCAUCAUGAAUAAUAAUAAAUAGUAGUAACAAUUUUAA